AUGCCCGGAAAAGUCAAGGCUUACGAGCUUCAAUCCAAGUCCAAGGCUGACUUGUCCAAGCAACUCCUUGAGCUCAAGAAUGAGCUCUUAAUUUUGCGGGUACAGAAAAUUGCUGGAGGAUCUGCUUCCAAACUGACCAAAAUCAAUACUGUGCGCAAAUCAAUCGCUCGGGUGUUGACGGUAGUGAACCAGAAAACUCGCCAAAACCUGCGGGAGUUCUAUAAGGACAAGAAGUACCUUCCUCUUGACCUUCGACCAAAGAAAACUCGCGCUAUCCGAAGACGGCUAACGAAACACGAGAAGUCUUUGAAGACGCUCAAACAGCGUAAGAAGGACCAAAACUUCCCUAUCAGGAAGUACGCCGUCAAGGCAUGA